CGCUGCUCUUUUUGCUUGCGAAAUAUAAUAAUCACGUAACGCACGUAUGCAGGUAAACCAAACGGCCACUACACCAGAAAUUUGACACGAUUCUGUCAGAUAUAACUUGUAUCCUUUCCAGAACGAUGGGGACUUGGCCUGGACAUGCUUUGCCAGGGGGCUUCUUUAUUGUGUUCGCAAUUUGGUGGAUGAUUCAGUUCACUUAUGAGAAAGUUGCCCUGGACAAUGGCCGGCUGAAACCAGGCACUCGAAUCCUUCGUGUGCUUCAUCGCUUGCCCAUCGAGGGUAUAACUAUCAUGUGUGCUGGGAUCAUCGGAUUUAUAGCAGAGAUGAUGUACCCGAUCCCAAAGUGGACGCUGAUCGGUUCCGAUGGCCAGUUCAAGCAUCCAGCGGAGUGGCAACACUGCACCAUGUACACCUUCUUCUCCAUGUACGGUUUGGUAACCAUCCUAUCCAAGACCUGCAUGCCCCAUGCCGAGAAGUACACCAAGGUCUUUGGCGCGCUGGCAUUCUUCAUCGAGGGGAUGCUGUUUCAUUUUCACACCCAUGGUAGACCCGGUCUUGACGUCCACCUCCACAAUCUCCUGGUCAUCGCAAUCGGGUUCUGCGUGCUGCUCUCGGUCUGUGAAAUCUGGCACCCCAAGGAUGAGCGGAUCCGCAUCAUGCGAUACACGUCUACCCUCCUGCAGGGCACCUGGUUCUUUCAGGUCGGUACGAUUCUGUACUGGCCGCCGUCUGGUGAACCGUGGGAUGAAGAAGAUCAUAUUAAUAUGAUGUUUAUCACGGUUGCCUUCGCCUGGCAUCUUCUGUUUGACAUCAUCAUCAUGGUCAUCGUUUAUGGGGUCGUCGGCAUGAUCCUCAGGAUGACCGGCACGAUGGGCGUACGCUACCGACCGAUGAAGAACGGCUUGGAAGAAAUAGAAUUUGACGACAGGACACUGCUGAAGAAUGGUGAGCCAAGCCGAUGUGGAUCCGAUAUUGAUAGUGAUUAGGGCCUGAGUUCAGCAAGCUCUAAGAAACAUCUUGAGAUGAGUUUUCAAAUUCACCGGAAUUACUCACUGUGUGAUGUAAAUUUUACUCAUCUUGGCUUGGCUCUUCGCGUUCUGCUUUUAAGCUUAAAGAAAAUCAUACAUAAAAAAAGGUCCACAGAGUUUUCAUUGUUACUAAAUAAUUUUGAUUUUGUUUUGACGAACUUUAAGGCAAAAUAUCUUGAAAUGAAUGUUUGCUCAAAAAAUGCUGCAAAUGUACGAAAGAUUUUGAUUCCCACAAUGGUUGAUUGAAUAAACCUACAUGUAAUAAGCUAUUUGCGUGUUAGAUUUGAAUUUUGUCUGGUACAAUGAUGUGCAAUGAAUAGUACAAGAUUAGGGGCAAGCUUUUGCUUACAAUGUUGUUAUGUAAGAGACGGUGAGCCCCCAUACAGGGUUCUGAAUGGAUGUGUAUCAUAACACAAUGGUACCAGGGUUUGCUCAUCUGGAGGUUGCUACACAAAAGUUUGCCCCGUACUAUUUGACGUAGCAACUGUCUCUUUAGUCCGCGGAAUUCAAAUGAAAGCGUUACAAUGUGACUGUGAAAGUCAGUGUACAAGAAAAUAUUCAAAUCUAACUUGCAAAUGGCUUAUUCUGGUGGUCAUCUGCCCAGUUCACCAAACUUUACGCUAAACGUUUAUCCUGUAAAGUUGUGCAUUACUAACACAAGAAAUCUUGCACAGGUAGACCUAGCAUAAAGUUUUGUGACCUCGUGUAGAUGUGUGAAGACCAAUGUGUUAUUAUAGGCAGCACCAAAACCUACUAAACAAAACAAAAUUAAUCAAAAUCCAAUUCAUAAAUGACAUGUUUUUCUGAAGAAAAAAAAUAAUGAAAUAAAUUAAUAACUUAGAUUAUAUCCCAAUACAGGUGUGACUAGCCUACAUGCUGUAGGCUAGUCAAGAAUGCUAGCGCUGCGUGUACAUGUACAUCUUUGUACAUGUGAAAGCACAAGUUUCAGUUUACAAAAGGAAAACAUACUUAUAAAACUAAAAACCUAAAAUACAAAAAAGGCUCUAAUCGG